UGGUGAAAAUGUAAAACAAAAAAUAACGAAAACUAAAAAACAUUCAUACUUGCUGAGCUAAUCCAGAUGUUGCUGCCAAAGUAGCUCUCAUGAUGUAUUGAUUCGUGGCAGCGGCUUCAGACACAGACAGAUUAUUCUGCAGUUAAUGGUUGUUUUAAGCUGGAGAUUAACAAUGGGUUAGCAUUUCUCCUGUGUCACUAUACAGAUGUGAACCAGGACUUAUACUAAUGCACAUCUGGGGGGCACAGCAGAGAAUUUGAGUUUGAGAGAAAUAAGAAAAAGAUGAAAACACAAAUACUCAAUGUGAGGAAAGUUUUAAUUAAAUGGAAUGGUUUUCAGGGUCUGCAUUUGUUUUUGGUCCAAGCUUCAGUCAACACUGCACAUGCUGCUCUUCAAUAAACCGUGGUGACCCACAUAGCUGUGGGUGAUUCUCACAUGGGCUGCUGCUAUUCUCAGAGGACGUUCUCUCUCUCUCUCUCUCUCUCUGUUUUGGACUCCCAGGUGAGCUGGAUUCUUUUAUCCUCUCAGGGAUGGCAUCCAUCUGUCCACAUGACAAAACAAAACCUAAAUCCUCCUGACACUUCUGAUUAUGUUCCCCUGUUACUAGUAUUUGUAAUAAACUUCUUCAUUAGUAAAACACAGUUUUUGCAGAAGGUGAAUUUGCACGAACCAGGCAUUGGCGGUGUGUUGACCCUUAUACUGUAUAUAUAAUUAUUUGUAAUUCACAUAUAUGUUCUAAAUACUAAAGACCGGAAAUGAGAAAGCUAUAAUCCAGAGUGCUGUGUUGUGAUGCCGUCAUUGGUCUGUUGCUUCCAAGCCCUCCAUCGCUCUCGCCUUGUGCCCCUCCCUUGUGCACAUGAGCACACACACACAAACACACAUCUUCUUACUCGCUGCCAUUCAUCGGCCCCUUUCACUGUUAAUCCAGCAGAGUUGUGCGUCCGUGCAUUGCUGUACUUUUAAAAUCUGAUGAAUCCCUAACGGAAGUCAGGAGACAUUACAUUUUAAAGCUACAACUUUUUCCUUUUUGGAUUUACACUCAGUGGGAGCGUCAUCAUCAUUAUCGAACAUCAGAGCCUCUGGUUCAGAGGGGGGACUCAACUCCACGGGACUCGUGGAACAAUCCUCAAAGUCUGAACCAGGCAUGGCGACAAUGCUGCUGCCAGUCACUCUCUGCCUCAGCUUGGUCCCUGUGUGUUUUGGAGCUGUGAUUCCGGUUUCAUGUGGAUCCAUCUACAAGAGUUUUGCUCAGUGUUUACUCUCACUUGGAGACAGCUUGGUGGAAACUCAAAAAGACCAGAGUACGCAGGACAUUGAUGCCAUUUGCAGGUCCUGGAAUGCGUUCCAUGUUUGUGCCAACUCUGCGCUUGUCGGCUGUCCUGGAGAAGCCGCAGCUGUCUGGGAGUCUCUAAGACAAGAAUCCAGGAAGACACAGUUUUCCGGAAACCUCUACGACAUGUGUGCCAGCCUCACAACACUCCCACCCAGCACUGUGCCUGCACCCCAGAGCCCCCCCACCUCCGACCAGACCAACCAGGAGACACUGAAGGGACAGACACACAAACACAGUCCCAACCUGGCCUCAAUGUUGUUCCCUGUAUGCAUCCCCCUGCUGCUCCUGCUCAGGAGCUAGUAUCAGCAGAUCUUUUAAUCAGAGUAAUGAAAGCAUGGUCUUCAGAGUCAUACUGCACCUACACUUCAAACACACAUGGGUAAUACAUGCUUCACAAGCCAUGAUCAGCAAAAGUACAUGUUGAUCCUUUAAUAAGGAUUUCAGUGCAAAAUUAAACAUACAGUCCAAUGUUUUCUACACGGGCGAGAUGGUGCAUGGGCAUUAAAAAGUAUUAAUUUGUACAGAUUAUCACAUGCAAAAAAAAGACCCCCCUUCUCAGUGAGAUCAGUUAAUGAAAGACUAAUCAUUCUGAAGCUGUUUUUGUUGUCAACUCUUUACUCUUUAAAUGUUACCAUUCGUUUGAUUGGUCACGAGUUUUUAGGACAAAAGGGAUUUUUGGAGUAUUUCUAACGCCAGGUGUUCAGAUUUGUUUGUGAUCCAAUCAGCGGGGUGAUCCAGAUUAAAGUGUUUUACAGGGUGCAAAAGAGUUCUCAUCACCUGCUAUGACCUGUUGAACAUCAGAAAUGAAAUUUGUGUGUGGAGGUAUUUAAAACCCUGUCAUAUGUGACCCCUCCCACCACCCAGUGUGGUUACAUGUUUUUCUAUUUAUUUAUUGCUGCUCACAGCAAAGUUUCAGUUCAAUGCAUUUACUGACUCUAUUUAAUUUGGGGGCACUUUAAGGGGACACAUAUCAGAGCCCACUAUUCAAAAAUGCAUCGAAAAUUUACUCUAGUGUAAAGACCAAGUGCAUGUAAAGCAUAUAAGUGUAGGUGAUGACAGGUUUUUGCAAGAGUUUCUGAAGUCUCAUCCUUAUAACAUUUAGAGUUGCUGUAAUAUUCAUUCAUGUUCUGUUGCUUUUCUUUGAUACUGAGAGAGCUCUGUUAUACAGUCACACACUGAUUGUAUUCACUAGCUCUUAUAUUCAGGGUUUGGUUAUUUGCAUUGUUGUAUUUUUCAAAGCAUUGUAGAGUGAUACAUGGCUGUUUGUUCCACUCUGAUUUUUAACCCAAAUAAAUAGAUCUAUGCUGACAUUCACGAUGCAUAUUUCCCCCUAAAACGGCAAUUCAUUCUUUCCUUUAAUUUUGUGUACUUUUGUGCUAGUUGGGCAUAUGUGAGUGUGUGUGUUUAUGUGUGUGUUUGUGUGUGUGUGUGUGUGUGUGUGUGUGUGUGUGUGUGUGUGUGAGAGUGUGAGCGUGAGCGUGUAUGAUUGUGUGUGGGUAAUCUUAAUACUCUUAAAAUGUUUCAUAACAGCAGAAUCACGAGUAACCUCAUCUCUAUUUAUUCAUCACAGCGAGGAAGGUUGCACCUCGGGAACCUUUGAAAACAUUCUCAGUGCCCUCACACGGCGGAGAAAUACUUAAACUGGGAAUUUGGUGAUGCAUGCUGCCAUGUCAGCGAUAUUGUCAACGACUUCAAUAUGAUGUGAGCAGGUGUGGCAACUAAAGGUCAGAGGUCACAACUUCAUUACUGCUGCAGCAGGAUGACUUUGAAAAGUGAGUGCAGUCAGUGACACUAACGUCCUGCUUUAUAUUCUUUAUAUUAUAUUCAUGUGUGACACUGAUUAGAUGACAAGUCAGCACAAUGCACUCUGUAGCACAGAGUUCACUGCUUUAAUGGCUCAUUUUAAUAUUGCAGUGUCAUACUCUUCAAGCUUCAAGCUUUGACUUCUGACUCCAGAUACAGUU